CUCAUUCAUUAGUCAUCCCGUGAUCAUGGCACUUGCAACAGUGUCGAAAUAUCGGGAGUCUCAUAUCCCCAUUUAAACGCGCGCCGCACUCGCUGUUACCGAAGGGUAAAUGCCUGCCUACCGCCGUGGAGGUCGGACCCUGCCAUACCUGCGUCUGUGACAACAACGGAGUAUACAUCUGCCGCAACCAGGACUGUGACACUCAGAAGCUCAGCGAAGUAGCUCAAGGAAAAUUAGACGUUGAUGAAUGUACACCACACAUGCUAUAUAAAGACGGAAUUUUGUGGUGCUCCUGUACUGACAAAAAACGUUGGAAAUCUGAAAGCUGCCGGCAAAACUUCUACCACACUCGUAACAAAGUACCAUUGAGGAAAACAAAAAUAUCUAUUGACGCUAUUCAAUGUGAUAAAAACGAUUACUAUGUCGUCGAUUGCAACGUCUGCCUUUGUAAAUCUGGUAUCCUCGAUGAGGCAUCUUGCACCAAUAGAACUUGCCUCGAAGGCAGUAAAGUUGACGACUGCAAGUAUGGCCAAGUGCUGAGACUAGACGGAGAACUUUGUACGUGCAGCGAACUAGGAUUCUACAUUGACAAACUGUGCAUUAAGGUCAAGGGCGUGAAUACGAAAAUAGAACAGAAAGAUCUGGCCAUCCUAACACACGAAGUAAAAGGUAUGAAAGAGAACAAGAGGACUUUAAAAGACAAAAAUCUUAAAUGUGAACCAAACUCCAUCUUCAACGUGGAUUGCAACAAAUGUUGGUGUUCUGAAGAUGGGAAGGAUAUGAAAUGUACUGCUAAACUUUGUUCGCCUGAAAUACUGAAACAAACCAUGUUUCAAGAUUCACCUAAUAUUCCUGAAGGUGAAAAAUGCGUAAAAGGACAAACAUAUAAGAAAGAUUGUGGCACUUGUACUUGUAAUGAAAACAACCGAAUGAUGUGUAGUAAGACAGCUUGUCUCUCUCCUGAAGAGCGCGACGAACUAAGUAAAAUACAACAGCAACAUUCCAAAAUUUCUCAACAAAAGGAGAAAGUUACAGAAAACGAUCAAAAAACAGUAAGAGAGGGUAACAAGAAUCAUAAUAUCAAGAUAAUAGAAAUAAAUAAAAAUGGAACUCCUAAUAAAAAAAUAGGAUUUAAUAAGUCGGACUUCAAAUCUGCAGGUGAUAAGAAAAAAACAAUCAAAUUAAAUACAAUACAAACAGGAAAUGACUUUGAAAUGAGGGCAAAGAACGACGAAUUAGAAAAAAUAAAGUUACAUGCCCAUAAAUUAGGACUUUUCGAAGAAGAUGAGGGGGAUGAAGAUCACGAUCAAGAUAAUUCCGAUUAUAAGCCAAUAAAGUUGACAGAUGCUUCAGGAAGAUUCCCACUAUUGAAUCUGAAAGUGAAAUGCACCCCAGGAAGAAUCUACACCAAGGGGUGCCAGCGAUGCUUCUGCUGUAACCAAAAGAAACCCCGAUGUACCAACAAACCAUGCAAAGCUAUGAGUAAAAAAGUGAAGGUUCCAUCUGACGUGACUCCGUCAAUCAGCGGGUUAGACUUCGCGAGGAUGGCGAGUCUACCCCACGAAGCGGCGAAGUGCACACCGGGCAAGUCAUAUAAAGUAAGGUGCAACAGGUGCAUCUGUCUGGCAAAUGGGAACUUAUUGUGCGAAAAUAAACUCUGCGCCAGCAUAGCUGAAAUCAACGCGAAUACUGCGUGGAGAUACAAUGGCGCUUAA